AUGGCAAACUUGCACUAUAAGACGCCCCCGAGCAAUCGGCUCACCGUUUCCUCCCUCCUCUCGCCCCCUGAAAUGAAGCGAUCAGAGUCGUUUGGCACGUCAAUUCCGCCUGCCUACUCUCAAUCACCCUUCUCCUCCUUCAAUUCAGCACCCUCGCAGUCUGCUGUGAAGACCGACUUCAUGGCGAUCCAGGCAGCAGCCGCCCACCGCAUCGCCUACGCCUCCCCGCCAAUCUCCCCAUACGACACACAGGCACAGAAGGAGAACAUGGAGAGCUCAGAGGAGCAGUGCACACGCGAUCCCCAGCUGUUCGUCUCGGCUGAUGCAGCGGCACCAAUUGCUCACAUGCCGCUGUUCCCCGACGAGUCACCCGAGUCAGCCUCGCAAGAUGUCAUCACCGCGCACAUGAAGUCCCACGACUAUGCACAACUGCAGAGCAAGCCGAGCCGCGCUGACUACGAAUUGGUUGCCAAAGUCCGCUCCAUUGUCUUCAGAGAGGCCUGCAACAACCCCAAGGCAUGGUGGGCCCAAGAACGCGCCUUCGACAAGCAAAUCGACGAGGUCCGCAGCGGCCGUGUGCAGAAGCGACCAGCCUUGAAGAAGCUCGCCCCUGCGCCAUCUUCAAAACUCCGCCAGCCCAAGGUCGCUGUUCCACGGCUGCCUGCUCGCGCCCCUCGUGCUGCACCCAAGGCUAAGCGCACGCCUCUUACUCAGAUCCACGACUCAUUCGACACCUCCCCCACCACCAAGUCAGCCUCUCCCAAGCCGGCACGACCAGUCACCAACCGCGACGACUCUGACUACACUGCCAUUCCCGACUACGCCCCACCCCUCGACACACUGCCCAAGGGCAACACCAAGGCGCUCAAGGCUGAGUGGAAAGGGCAAGCGCUCUCGCUCGCCGACGAUCCCGAUCGCGAGCUGCUGCACGAGGCUGAGUUGAACCUCGCUGGCACACUCCGCCUCAACUGCGCCACCUACCUCACCAGCAAGCGACGCAUCUUCCAGGCCCGCAUCGAGGCUCUCAAGAUCGGCAAAGAGUUCCGCAAGACAGAUGCCCAGCAGGCGUGCAAGAUUGACGUCAACAAGGCUAGCAAACUGUGGCAGUCAUAUGACCGUGUAGGCUGGUUCAACCCCGACUACUUCCGCCAGUACCUCUGA